AUGUCCGAGAAACCGGUGUCAGAAAGCGUUCCUAGUGAUGAAGUAGAACAUCAAGAAAUUCCUAUUCACGAUUACGAAACUUUAUUUACAAAAUUAGAUGUGCAUCACCAUGGGAAGAUAACUUUACAGGACUUCAAAGAUGCAUUAAAGGAUCUACACCAUCCAAUUACUAGGAAGCCUGAGCUAAUGCGAACGAUCUUCAAUUGCUUUGAUUUAGACAAAGAUCAAGUUAUCGAUUUCAACGAUUUCAAGAACUACCUCGCUCUUUCAGAUGAUCAAAUUUUAAAAGGAUUCCUUAAAAUUGACCAAGAUCACGAUGGAAAACUCAACAAGGCAGAUUUUGCUGAAUAUUUACAGAAAUCUCUCAAUAUGAGUCCUACUGAUUAUAAUGUAGAUUUGUUUUUCAAUCAAAUCGACAGUAAAAAUGUUGGUUACAUAGACUACGAAGACUUUCGUGAUUUCCUAAUAUUGAUGCCUAGGUUAAAUGGAUCCCGAAUUAGAACUGCUUAUAACUACAUUGCUGAAGAGCUAGAUUUAUCCUCCGACGGUGACGUAACUUUGAUAAACCAAUUCCUCAACGGAUCAGGCUAUUUUCUUGCUGGUGGAUUAUCUGGUGUUGUUUCACGUACGUGCACAGCGCCUUUCGAUAGAAUCAAAGUUUUUUUAAUUGCUAGGGCCGAUCUAUCGUCCACAGUCUUGCACUCAAAGGCAGAGAUAGCACGACAAAUAGCAAGUGGUGCUUCCAAGCAGGCAAUAGAGGCAGCAAAAGCAGCCCAUGAAGCCGCUAUGCAACCGCAAAAAACAAUCAGAUCCCCUAUUAUUCAAGCUGCAAGGACUUUGUGGAAGCAGGGGGGAAUAAGAGCAUUCUAUGUUGGUAAUGGUUUGAAUGUUCUUAAGGUGUUCCCUGAAUCAGCUAUGAAAUUUGGCUCUUUCGAAGCGGCAAAGAAGUUUUUGGCUACUGUUGAAGGUGUAAGCGACACCUCUGAAUUGUCUAAGGUCUCAACCUACCUAGCGGGUGGCUUAGGUGGUGUUGUUGCUCAAUUUACUGUAUAUCCAAUAGACACCUUAAAAUUCAGAUUGCAAUGCUCCAACUUAGAAUCAUCAGUUAGAGGUAAUGAUCUUUUAUUUAAAACUGCUAGAGACUUGUUUCAACAAGGAGGUCUCAGAAUUUUUUACCGUGGAAUUUUUGUGGGCGUAAGUGGAAUUUUUCCUUAUGCAGCCCUUGAUCUUGGUACCUUUACAACUAUUAAGAAAGUGUUAGCUAAAAGAGAGAGUAAAAGGACAGGAAUUAAAGAAGAGGAUAUAAGGCUUCCUAAUUAUAUGGUUUUGUCCCUAGGAGCUUUGUCUGGUUCUUUUGGUGCGACUGUAGUAUAUCCAGUGAAUUUAUUGAGAACUAGACUACAGGCUCAAGGCACCUAUGCUCACCCAUACACCUAUAAUGGUUUCUUUGAUGUAUUGAGAAAAACUAUAGCAAGAGAAGGGUACCCUGGUCUCUUCAAGGGCUUGGUGCCUAACCUAGCUAAAGUUGCGCCCGCAGUCUCUAUCUCAUAUUUCAUGUAUGAAAACUUGAAGCAUUUAUUCGGGUUGAAUGAGAAUCUAAACUGA